UUGGGCAGUUUGGGCAGCGUGGGCGUGUCGACACAUCAAUGUUUAUGUAGCUCGCGCUGCCUCUGCUGUUGUUCCUGACAGAUUUGGUGGCUGGUUAUUUUAUUGAGAACCAGACUUCGACAUGGGGAGCGUUUAGAGGCUGAAAGACGGACGAACCCGAGGAAAGAGCCGGGAUGGCGGGCGCCUUUGGCUUCAAAGGCUGCCAGAAAAUCCGCGGUUCGCAGAUUCGGAAUCUACUGGAAGCGAAGGACUUCUUCUUGUUCGACUGUGACGGGGUCAUAUGGCACGGAGAGAAGGCCAUCACGGGCGCCGUGAACGUGGUCAAUUCCCUGAUCCGACACGGCAAAAACGUCGUGUUCGUCACCAACAACUGCACCAGGCCACGCGAGAACUACGUGAACAAGUUCUCCCGUCUGGGCUUCACCGGCGUGGUGGUGGAGCAGAUCUUCAGCUCGUCCUACUGCUCGGCUCUCUACCUGCGGGACGUGGUCAAAGUGCAUGGACAGGUGUUCGUCGUGGGCUGCGACGGGCUGCGCAAAGAGCUGCUGGCAGCGGGAGUGCCGUGCGUGGAGGAGGCGGACGCUCCGGACGCCACCAUCUACGACUGCGCGCUGGCUCCAGACGUCAAGGCGGUUCUGGUGGGACACGACGACAAACUGACUUUCCUCAAACUGGCCAAAGCUUCGUGCUACCUAAAGGACCCGGACUGUUUGUUCCUGGCCACCGACAACGACCCGUGGCACCCUCUGACAGGCGGCAGGAUCCUGCCAGGUUCAGGUUCUCUCACUGCAGCCCUGGAGGUGGCAUCAGGUCGUAAGGCCACUGUGAUCGGCAAGCCGAGCCGCUUCAUGUUCGAGUGCAUCUCCAGUCAGUUCAGUGGGUUGGACCCCGCCCAGUGCCUGAUGGUGGGGGACCGUCUGGAGACAGACGUGCUGUUUGGGUUCAACUGUGGCUUGGACACCAUGCUCACUCUGACCGGUGUGUCUCAGAUCGAAGACGCACAGGAGUACAGGAAGAGUGAGUUGUCCACCGACCACAGCUUGGUGCCAGACUACGUGGUGGACACCAUCGCCGAUUUCUUACCCGCCUUCGAGGAACUGGACGAACAGAGCAAUUGAUGCGUCUUUUCCAGCUCCUGUACAGAGGAGCACUGAUUGCUUGUUGCAUUUUAAAUGGAAUGUUUAGUUAUGUGUUUGCACAAACGGUUCCACUCAGCAGUCAAAAACAACAUGC